AUGGCAGGAUAUCUGAGACUUCUCAUCUCUAUUUCCUUAUACUCUCUUCUUUUCACGACAGCCAUCGCUUCUCCCCGCGCCACCUCAAAGAGUCAUGAUUCUUCACCCUCUGUAAAAUGGGGUGCUUGUCCUAAAGAGGUUCUCCCUGGGGUCGACUGCGGUACCAUCGACGUCCCCAUCGCAUACCAUAAAGGCAACUCGACCGCUGCAGAUGGAGACAAGACAGUCAGACUUGCUCUGGUCCGUCUGAACCACACGGGCAAGGCCGACAAGCCCAAGCAAGGCGCGCUGUUCUUCAAUCCCGGAGGCCCCGGUGUAUCCGCUGCGUUCCUCGUUUCGGCGGCCGGCACGGGUUUCGUCUCACAGCUUGAGUUUUCCAAGGACCUGCGAGAAAAUUACGACAUUAUUGGUCUUGAUCCCCGCGGUGCAGGCUUCAGCACACAGGUCCAGUGUGAUCCCAAUAUCUUCAAUGAACGAGUUGCCACCUUUGUCGAGGAUGAAGCCGGAUACAAGAAACUCCUCAACUAUAGCAGACGCUUGGGUGAAAGCUGCGCCAAGCUUACUGGUCCUUUGAUAAACCACCUCGACAGCAUCCACGCCGCCAAAGACCACGAACUCGUCCGCCGCGCUCUUGGCUCUCCCAAAUUCAACCUCCUCGGUCUAUCUUACGGUACUUUGAUAGGCACCCAGUACCUAAACUUGUUUCCCGAGACAGUCAGCCGCAUGUCCCUCGACAGCUUAGUAGACCUAACCCAAUCCGAGACGAUGACUCUCCUCACAGAGACGGUCACGUACGAGACAACGCUGAACAAAUUCUUUGACUGGUGUGAUCACAACUCUACAUGUGCUCUGCACGGCAAGAACACUAGCCGCACCUUUGACAAGAUCCUCGCCCGCGCCGAUUCCAAACCGAUUCCUGCCCCAGGCUGCAAAAAGACGUGCCGAUCCAAUGUCACUGGCGAAGAGAUCCGAUCCAACGUUCAAAACUUCCUCAUCUUUGUCGACCUUCCUCUUGGUGAUAACUGGAUCGCACUCGGAGAAGCAUUGGCAGAAGCCAGCAAGGGAAAUGCAACAGCCCUGUCAACAACGCUCCAAACCUCACGCAUCGCGACCGACCUCACCGGCGAAUCUCCCUACGCAUAUCUCGCCAUUGGAUGUCAAGAAUGGAAGCAUCGGUCCCGGUCAGCAACAGACUUUAAGCAAAAGCUCCUUACAGCUUCCGUGUUUGCCCCCACGACCCGGGGUGCUUCACAAUCAUACUACUAUCAGAGCAACUGCAUAGGCUGGCCAGCUCCAGUGACUGAUAUCAAGGCACCCUCAGCCAAGAGUACGAAGGAGGCCCCGACUGUUCUGUUAGCAAACUCUGUGUAUGAUCCUGAUACCAGCGUGGCUUGGGCCCAAAGUGUCAGGGAGCAGUUGGAUCACAGGGUGAGCAUCACAAGGAACGGCUAUGGCCAUACGAGCUUCUAUCUUCAUGGCGAUACUAGCAAGGCUUUGGAAACAUUCCUGGCAAGUGGAAAGUUGCCCAAGGAUGGCACAGCCUACGAGAAGGCAGCUCACCAUCUCGACGCGGGUAACCACGAUUCCAUCCCACCAUCUAUUGAUCCAUCCCAUCCAUAUCGACAAAUCUUACACACCAACUUGGACAAAAUGACAAAAUUCAAGGUCACCGUUACUUCAGACACCGUCUGCCCGUGGUGCUACGUCGGCCGCAAGCAGCUUCAAGCCGCUCAACGACUCUGGCAGCAAAAGCACCCCGAGUCCAACGACACCUUUUCCGUUAGCUACCAACCCUUUCAGCUUCAACCAGACUGGCCCAAGGGUCCCACUUCAAGCCGAUCCAAGCAGCAAUUUUACGAAGAAAGAUUCGGCAAGGAACGCGUUAUCCAGAUGCACAAGCACAUGAAGGGUGUGGGCGAGGCGAUUGGCAUCGACUUCCAGUUUGGCGGACAGACUGGAAACUCGAGGGAUUCGCACCGCGUGGUCCAGCUGGCCAAGAAGUACGGCGAAGAGGUGGAGGGCAAGGCCCUCGACGGGCUAUUCGCCGCAUACUUUGAGCAGGAGCGCGAUAUCACCGACUACGACACCCUCAAGAGCGUCGCCGUGGAGGCGGGCAUCCCGGCAGACGACUUCCAAAAGGCCAUCGUCGACAGCGACCAAGGAGGCAAGGAGGUUGACCAGGCGGCGAGCGAGGCGCGAUUCAGCGGUGUUUCCGGUGUUCCCGACUAUGUCCUCCAAGAUCGGUUCCGACUGCAGGGCGCAAACAGCCCCGAGAGCUUUGUCAGCGUGUGGGAGAGGAUUAAGGCGUCCGAGGGUUCAUAGGUGUGUCUUCUUCAGACCAGGCGUUUAGGGUGAUCGGACUGGAAGAGCACCUCUGUGCGUUUCUCCAAAACAUCGUUCCAAAGUCGUUGGCCUUCAAAGCCAGGGACGUAGAAUAAUAGACCAAUUUCUUGACUCG